UGUGAGACGUGAGUUCCUGGACGCCAGCACCGCGCCGCGGCACCGAGAGCCAUGGGGAAAUGGAGGCUCUGCUGGCUGCUGCUCUGUGCUUCGGCUUUGGAGGAGGUGGCGCUUGACACAGAGGCUGAGUCGGUGCAGGAAGCCGAAACCGAGUGCAGCGUGUGCCCGGUGCGCUUGCUGGACGUGGUCAGCAAGGAGGGUGAGGAGGACGGUGCCGGGCUGCGGCUGAGCGGCGCGGGCCUGGAGUAUUUGGAGAAGCAGCGGUCCCCCCUCUUCCUCGUGCCCGCCUUGGGUGUGUACCGCGGCGGCAAGUCUUUGCUGCUGAACCGGCUUAUGGGGCGCAAGGCGCCUUACGCCGCCGGCUUCGGGGUGGGCCAUGGCCAAGAGACCUUCACCAGGGGUAUCCAGAUCUGCGCCGAAGCCCUGCCAGAGCGUCAGGGCACCGUGGUGUGGAUGGACACGGAGGGCUUGUUCUCCUCAGAGGACGCCCGCAGCGCCGGGGCCGGGGCCAAGAUCUUCAGCUUGGCGCUGCUCUUCUCCUCCGUGGUCCUCUUGAACAACCUCAAGGUGCUGAACCAGCAGUUCUUCGUUUUCUUCGAGGAGCAGCAGCAGGUGGCCCGGGUCUUGCGGGAAGGCCUCCGCGCAGAGGGCAUGCCCAGUGACCUUUUGCUGCCUGAGAACCUGUCCAUCGUCUGGGUUCUGCAGCAACCCAUCAACUUCGCCGGCACGCCAGAGGCAGGCCAAGCACAGCUGGACUCCUUCUUGACGAUCCAGGACAAGGCCCGCGAGCGGGUGCGCGAAUCCUUCCGGCACCUGAUCCACGAGGUGCCUUCUGCCACCCACGAUGCCCGGCAGUGGCCUAAGCUGGAUCAGCUGGCUGACGAGGAGCUGCUGCCGGAGUACUUGCAGGCCACCUCGGGGCUGCGAGAGCUGCUGUCCAAUGAGCUGCAACAUGCUCGGCCGAUGCAGGCGGCCAGCAUCGCGGCGCAUCUGCGGAUGUAUGUGGACCUGGUGCAGAGCGACCACUUCAGCAUCUCCUUGGCCCGAGAGGCCUUCGAGGACAGCCACGCAGCGCAGCUCUGCGAAGCCUUCGGGGCGGCGGCACAGGACUUGGCGGGGGAGAUGCCCUGCGGGAACCUCUCCAGCGCGCUGGAUGCCGCGGAGCUGGCGAUCCAAGAGCGCCAGGAGGCGGUGAUGAAGGACUUCCACCUGGACCAGGCCUUCCUCAGCCGGCUGAAGCAGUGCUUCCAGCGGAAGCGCCAGGAGCUUGAGCUCAUCAACCAGGAGCUGGUCCUCGCAGAGUGGGAGAAGGAGGUGCAGCAGGCCG